AUGCAAAGGUCAGACAACGGUAGUGACGACAUACGAAGGUCAGACAACUGUUGUGUCAGCAUACAAAGGUCAGACAACGGUAGUGACGACAUACAAAGGGUAGACAACGGUAUUGACUACAUACAAAGGUCAGACAACGGUAGAUACGACAUACAAAGGUCAGACAACGGUAGUGACGACAUACAAAGAGUAGACAACUUAAGUGACGACAUACAAAUGUCAGACAACGGUAGAUACGACAUUCAAAGGUCAGACAACGGUAGAUACGACAUACAAAGAGUAGACAACGGAAGUGACGACAUACAAAGGUCAGACAACGGAAGUGACGACAUACAAAUGUCAGACAACGGUAGUGACGACAUACAAAAAGUAGACAACGGAAGUGACGACAUACAAAUGUCAGACAACUGUAGUGACGACAUACAAAGGUCAGAGAACAGUAGCGACGACAUACGAAGGUCAGACAACGGUAGUGACGACACACAAAGGUCAAACAUCGGUAGCAAAGGCAUACAAGGGGUAGACAACGGUAGUGAUGGCAUACAAAGGCCUGACAACGGUAAUGACGACAUACAAAGGUCAGACAACGGUAGUGACGGCAUACAAAUGUCAGACAACGGUAGUGACGGCAUACAAAGGGUAGACAACGGUAGUGACGACGUACAAAGGUCAGACAACGGUAGUGACGACAUACAACGGGUAGACAACGGUAGUUACGACAAACAAAGGGUAGACAACGGUAGUGACGGCAUACAAAGGGUAGACAACGGGAGUAACGACGUACAAAGGUCAGACAACGGUAGUGACGGCAUACAAAUGUCAGACAACGGUAGUGACGACAUACAAAGGUCAGACAACGGUAGUGACGACAUACAAAUGUCGGACAACAGUAGUGACGACAUACAAAGGUCAGAAAACGGUAGUGACGACAUACAAAGGUCAGAUAACGGUAGUGACGGCAUACAACGGGUAGACAACGGUAGUUACGGCAUACAAAGGGUAGACAAUGGUAGUUACGACAUACAAAGGAUCGACAACGGUAGUGACGACAUACGAAGGUGA